AUGAGCACAGGCAGGUUAUUAAGAACUUUAUCCUGUAUGGAUGAGGACAACGUGACUGGGGGCCGGUCCCAGGGCUUGGUCCUGCAGCCUGCCUGGGACUACCUCCACCAGAACCACCACGACCUCCUGAGGAGCCCUCUGUUCCCCGUUGUCCUCUCGGUCACCACCUACUUCCUCCUGGUUGGCCUUUACACCACGCUUGACCUGCUGGCUCCCACCUGGCCCUGCAUCAACCGCUACAGGCUCCACCCUGACAGACCCGUCACCUGGCCUAACAUCUGGACGACCCUGGGCGUCACCAUCUACAACCAUCUGCUUUACAUCUUUCCCGCUGCAGUCGGCCAGUGGCUGUGGAGGCCGCCCGUCCCGUUGCCCCGUGAGGCACCCACUCUCUGUAGCUUCUUCCUGGGCAUCCUGGGCUGCAUGGUGGUCUUUGACUUCCAGUAUUACCUGUGGCACCUUCUGCACCACCGGGUACCAUGGUUGUACCGCACGUUCCACGCCGUGCACCACCAGUACAACCAGCCCUUCAGCCUCGUCACCCAGUACAUGUCUGGCUGGGAGUUAUUCAGCGUGGGAUUUUGGGCUACAAUAGACCCCAUCCUGCUGCAGUGCCACUGCGUCACAACAUGGGGCUUCAUGGUCUUCAACAUCUACAUUUCCACUGAGGACCACUGCGGCUACGACUUCCCGUGGGCCAUGCAUAACCUGGUGCCCUUUGGCCUCUGGGGUGGUGCACCCAAGCACGAUGCUCACCACCGGCGGCCCAGCACUAACUUUGCCCCGUUCUUCUGCCACUGGGACUGGCUCGGAGGCACCGACACUGUUCCAACGGAGCCAGACGAGAUGAAAGGGAGGAAAAACUAA